AUGGUGGUACACCUGAUCCUGGGCACUGCAUGUCACUAUGCUGGUGCUCAGAUAAGCUGUUUUGCACCCAGCUCCUUCUCCUGGCGUCAAGCUGCGUACGUGGACUCCUACUGCUGGGCAGCUGUGCAGCAGAAGCAACCAUCCCAGAGCAACUUAGAAAACAUCCCCCUGUGGCUACAUAAAUUUUUCCCCUACAUCCUGCUGCUCGUCGCCAUCCUGCUGUACCUACCAUGUUUGUUCUGGCGCUUCACUGCAGCACCUCACCUUUCUUCCGACCUGAAGUUUAUUAUGGAAGAACUUGACAAAGCCUAUAACAGGGCAAUCAAAGCUGCUAAUAGCAUCCGCGGAGGAGACCCCAGGGACCCUACUGACUUGGUUCCAGCUGUUAAUGAAAACUUGACACAGAGUUUGUGGGAAAUAUCUGAAAGCCACUUUAAAUACCCCAUUGUGGAGCAGUACCUGAAGACAAAGAAGAAUUCCAAAUGCUUAAUAAUUAAAUACAUUAUCUGCCGUUUACUCACUCUAGUAAUUAUUUUAAUUGCCUGCCUCUACCUGGGCUACUACAUUAGCCUCUCCUCUUUGAGUGAUGAGUUUCUUUGCACUAUCAAAACUGGGAUCUUAAAGAAUGACACAACUGUUCCAGAAGUGGUUCAGUGCAAGCUUAUUGCUGUUGGUGUCUUCAAGGUACUCAGCUAUAUUAACCUGAUAGUCUACCUUCUAGUGAUGCCGCUGGUGGUGUAUGCAAUGUUUGUUCCGUGGAGGUGGAAUUCGGGUAUUCUCAAAGUGUAUGAAAUCCUGCCAACUUUUGACGUUCUGAAACUCAAGUCAAAGAGUUUUGAUGACUUAAGCCUUUACCUCCUCUUUCUUGAGGAAAAUGUGAGUGAACUUAAAUCAUUUAAAUGCCUCAAAGUGCUGGAGAACAUUGCAGUUUCUGAGAAGUUUGAUGUCAUGCAACUUUUGGUGAACCUCGGUACUAUUAAGACAGAUACCGUAGAUGGGAAGCCAGGGACAGCUAUGUUGGAGAAGCCUGAAGGCACAGCUACAGAAGAGCUGGAAAAAAAUGCAACAGAGCUACAAGUUUUGACAGACCAUGAUGCAAGCGGCAGUGUGAGUCCAAGAGAAGAUAAAAAACUUCGCCAAAGACUUAUCGAUUCUUCGUGCUGA